ACAUAAAGUUUGAACUGAAAUCAAAUCUCAAAUCACAUACACAAUUGAACAAGAAGCAUAAGACUUACUUUUGAGCAGAGUACGUGUAAUUGAAAAUGAAAGCUCUCACGAACCCAAAAUUGAGUUGAAUUGGUAGACAGUACAAAAUCCAAAAAUCUCCACAAAAGUUGGUAGCUUUUUCAGAAUCGCUUUUGUUCUUUCCUUCCGCACAUAAACAUUUCUGGGUUCAUUCAAACCCUGAAAUUUUCAAAAAAAUAUUUCUUCCCUUUUCAUCAAUUCUCUUUAUUUAAACGAUUAAAGUCGUGACUCUUGAUGGGGUUUUCUCGUCGAUCAUAAACAAAUAAGGGUUUGUGAAAAAGGAUUUUCCUUUUUCACGUUUCACGUUUCUCUCUAGUUUCAUCGUACUGAACUCAGCGCUCCAGAGAAUUGGCAACAUAGCAUGAAAAUGAAGUCUUCUACUGAUGAUGAUCACGAUGAAGAAAAUGGAAAGUUGGAAAAGAGCAGAGAAAGGAGUUCCAGAAAUGGUAGGGUUGUUAAAGUUCACAAUCAAGCGUUAUUAUCUGGACUUGCGUAUUGUCUUUCAUCAUGUGGCAUGAUUUUGGUUAACAAGUUUGUACUUUCUAGCUAUGAUUUUAAUGCUGGGAUUUCCUUGAUGGUUUAUCAGAAUUUCAUAUCAGUGACGAUUGUUUCUGCGUUGAGCCUUCUGGGUUUAGUUUCAACUGAGCCACUUACAUGGAAAUUGAUUAAAGUCUGGUUGCCUGUCAAUGUUAUAUUUGUUGGAAUGCUAAUUACAAGCAUGUUUAGUUUGAAAUACAUUAAUGUAGCUAUGGUGACAGUCUUGAAGAAUGUUACUAAUGUCAUAACCGCUGUUGGUGAAAUGUAUUUGUUCAAGAAGCAACACGAAGGCAGAGUAUGGGCUGCUCUAUUUCUAAUGAUCAUUUCAGCAAUAACUGGAGGGAUUACUGAUCUCGCUUUUAAUGCAACUGGCUAUGUUUGGCAGACACUAAACUGUUUCUUAACUGCAUCCUAUUCUCUGACCCUACGAAGGGUCAUGGAUACGGCAAAGCAAUAUACUAAAUCUGGAAAUUUAAAUGUGUUUUCGAUGGUCUUGUUGAACAACACUCUUUCUUUGCCUUUGGGAAUUUUCCUGAUUGUUGUUUUCAAUGAGGUGGAUUAUCUCUUAAGAACGCCACUUCUGAGAUUGCCUAGCUUUUGGUUAGUGAUGACCUUCAGUGGAGUUUUGGGUCUAGCGAUUAGCUUCACGUCGAUGUGGUUUCUUCAUCAGACAGGGGCUACAACUUACAGUCUUGUAGGUUCGCUGAAUAAGAUACCACUUUCGGUUGCUGGCAUCUUUCUCUUUAACGUUCCUACUAGUUUGGAGAACUCUGCUAGCAUUUUAUUUGGUCUUCUGGCUGGAGUACUUUUUGCUAGAGCCAAAAUCCGGGAGAGAUCUCAAUCCUGAAAAGCAGUAAAGGCCUAUGAUUAUAAGGAAUUUUUCCAAGUUAUACGGUAUUUGAUUUCCGGGGCGAAGUUAGAAGUUCAAUCUUGGGAUUUUUUUGGGGUCAUCAAAGAGAUGACAUCAGUUAAACUAACUUUCUCUCCCUUUGAAAGAUGCAAUUUGUGCGAGUUCGUGGUUACUUCUCUAUGAGGGAUAGUUUUUUUGGUGUUUGAAUCUUCUUGUGGAGGAGUUGCUUGGAUUGCCUCGGUAGCGCACCGGAAGAAGAAGAAGAAAAAUGUAACUAACCUUUUUCAGUUGGAUUCUAAAUCAUGUAUUCAUGUGACUUUAUUGUCUCCUUGUAUUACUUAACAAUUUGUUUAAUGCCAAAAUUCUCAUGGAAUGAAAGAAAGUUGAUAUUACAGCUUGAGACAAGGGUCACAUUCUCUGUCACUUAGGAUUAGAGUAUUUGUAGAGAUACCUUUGCACGAGUUGAAUUAGAUGCCUUGCUUAUUUUUCCUAUUUGAUUAACAUCUUGGGACUAA